UACCGCUUCUAGUAUAACCUUGUCCUCCGGGGGGGCAGACGGAGCCUCUCCUCCUUCCCUGUCCUGACCACCUCCUCAGUUUUUCCUCACCCUCCUCAAUGGCGAAUCUGCCGCCGUCCCUCGCCGCCGGCCCCUCCUUCGGCGCGCCCUCCCCGCCCCCGCUCCCGCCCCCGUCCGGCUCGUCGGCCGCGGCGCCGCCCGCCGGGGGGAGGGACCGGAAGAUGGUGUCCGCGGAGCAGCUCGUGCUCGACCUCUGCGACCCGGAGCUGCGCGAGAACGCCCUCCUCGAGCUCUCUAAGAAGCGAGAGAUUUUUCAAGACCUUGCUCCACUGCUGUGGCACUCCUUUGGCACCGUUGCUGCACUGCUCCAGGAGAUUGUGUCAAUCUACCCUUCACUUUCACCUCCUACUUUGUCGCCAGUUGCAUCAAACCGUGUCUGCAAUGCACUUGCACUUCUUCAGUGUGUUGCUUCACACCCUGAUACCAGGAUCCCGUUCUUGAAUGCUCACAUCCCACUGUACCUGUACCCGUUUCUGAAUACUACCAGCAAGACUAGACCUUUUGAGUACUUGAGGCUUACCAGCUUGGGUGUUAUUGGUGCUCUUGUGAAGGUUGAUGAUUCUGAAGUUAUUGGGUUUCUGCUUCAAACUGAAAUAAUUCCUCUGUGUCUCCGUACUAUGGAGAUGGGCAGUGAACUUUCCAAAACAGUGGCCACCUUUAUUGUUCAAAAGAUUCUGCUUGAUGACAUUGGGCUGCGUUACAUCUGCGCGACCGCUGAGCGUUUCUUUGCUGUGGCCACUGUUUUAGCACAGAUGGUCCAGGCGCUUGCUGAACAGCCGUCUGCAAGAUUGCUGAAGCACAUAAUCCGCUGCUACCUCAGGCUGACAGAGAACCAGAGGGCUUGUGCCGCGCUCAACAGUUGCCUCCCCACGGUGCUGAAGGACGGGACAUUCAACAACUUCCUUCUUGAUGACAACGUUACAAGGCGGUGGCUCCAGCAGCUGCUGAGCAACAUGUCGAUCGCCGGCUUGGGCGGGGGAAGCUCCCACACUGGUAUGGGCGGAGGAGGCUCUCUCGGCGGCAUGGGCGGGGGAGGCUCUCUUGGGGGCAUGGGCGGCGGAGGCUCUCUCGGCGGCAUGGGCGGAGGAGGCUCUCUUGGCGGUGGCAUGGGAGGCGGGGGCUCUCUCGGCGGCAUGGGCGGGGGAGGCUCUCUCGGCGGCGGCAUGGGAGGCGGGGGCUCUCUCGGUGGCAUGGGUGGAGGAGGCCCUCACGGGGGCCUCGACCACCUGAUGGGGCUAUGAGCGAGCGAGCGAGCGAAAGAAGCCGUGUCUGCAGGCUAUGCGAGAGCCUGAACCAACCCCCAGCGCAUGCAUGUGUCUGUCGGUCUGUCUGUUGUAGAUGUAGUAGGGGGGAAGAAACUCCGUGCUGUUUGUAGUUGUUUGUGUUGUCGAAAACAGGAAGAAGAGAGUCGUCUGUCUGUCUGUCUGUCUGUGUGCCCUUUGUGGGAAGAAGAAGAUAGUAGUGUGUUAUAGUAGUGUGUCUAGAUGUUUGGGUUGUGCUUUGUGUUUGCUGGACUGCAUGUAAAAAGACAAAUAAACCGGCGCAGAAGCUCUCCCUGCUCUGCUCUUUGGCAAAUGUUGAAGGGUGAAGAGGGAUAGCAAGUUGAAACUGAAAA